GUGCUACCAUUCAGACAUCUUGCAUUUUAUUAAGUCUGCUCUUGGGGAACAUUUUCAUUAAACACACACCACAUAUACAUAUUCUGCUCAGAAACAGGCUUUUGUUGGUCGUCUGAAUCCAGAUUAGGUUUCCUCCGCGUGCUAACGGAUGUGAGGCGGUUGGUCGGACCGAGCCUCGCGUGCCAAUCCCGCGGAGUUUACACCGUCUCUCACGGGCGCUCUCAGCCGUAUUGUGCGUCAUCUCCAUCGCUGCCGUUUUGUUAUUUUUUUCUCCGCUGAGGAAACAUGGCAACUCCCGCCGCAGUCAACCCGUCCGAGAUGGGCAGCGAGUUGCCGGGGACAGUAGCGAUGCCGGGAGCAGUUGGGGCGGGCCAGGUGAGAAUGGGAGGAGCUGUGCCAGGCCGUGGGGGCAAGAGGAGAUCAGGAGGAAUGGACUUUGAUGACGAAGACGGAGAGGGACCUAGCAAAUUUUCAAGGUAUGAUGAUGAUCAGAUUCCUGGUGGAGAUAAGGAGAGAUACGCCAGAGAGAACCACAGUGAGAUUGAGCGACGCCGGCGCAACAAAAUGACCCAAUACAUCACCGAGCUGUCAGACAUGGUCCCUACCUGCAGCGCCCUGGCCCGAAAACCUGAUAAGCUGACCAUCCUGCGUAUGGCUGUCUCCCAUAUGAAGUCCAUGAGAGGCACUGGCAACACGUCCACUGAUGGGGCCUACAAGCCCUCCUUUCUCACUGAGCAGGAACUGAAGCAUCUGAUCCUGGAGGCGGCAGACGGCUUCCUGUUUGUGGUUGCCGCAGAGACGGGCCGGGUGAUCUAUGUGUCAGACUCUGUGACACCGGUGCUGAACCAUCCCCAGUCGGAGUGGUUUGGCAGCACUCUGUACGAGCAGGUCCACCCUGACGAUGUGGACAAGCUGAGGGAACAGCUCAGCACUUCAGAAAACUCCAUGACAGGACGGAUUCUGGACCUGAAGACAGGAACAGUGAAGAAGGAGGGACAGCAGUCCUCCAUGAGGAUGUGCAUGGGCUCCAGACGCUCCUUCAUCUGCCGCAUGAGGUGCGGUAGUGCUCCUCUGGAUCACAUCUCCCUAAACCGUCUGUCCAACAUGAGGAAGAGAUACAGGAAUGGCCUUGGACCCUCAAAAGAAGGAGAGGCUCAGUACUCUGUAGUGCAUUGCACUGGCUACAUCAAAGCCUGGCCUCCCGCAGGUAUGACUAUACCAGAUGAAGACACAGAGGCGGGUCAGACUGGAAAAUACUGCCUAGUGGCCAUCGGAAGACUGCAGGUGACCAGCUCUCCAGUCUCUAUGGAUAUGAACGGCCUGUCGGUGCCCACAGAGUUCCUGUCACGUCACAACUCGGAUGGUGUCAUCACUUUUGUCGACCCGCGCUGCAUCAACGUCAUUGGUUAUCAGCCUCAGGACCUGCUGGGGAAAGAUAUCCUGGAGUUCUGCCAUCCUGAGGACCAGAGUCACCUGAGAGAAAGUUUCCAACAGGUGGUGAAGUUGAAGGGUCAGGUUCUGUCGGUAAUGUAUCGCUUCCGAAUGAAGAACAGGGAGUGGAUGCUGAUCAGAACCAGCAGCUUCACCUUCCAGAACCCAUAUUCUGAUGAGAUAGAGUACAUCAUCUGCACCAACACCAAUGUCAAUUCCUCUGUGAUCCAUGUCCCCGGCGUUAACGACAUCCAGCCAUCAGGCUCAUCCAAUCAGAAUCUAGCUCAGAUCACCAGACAGCUCAACCCAGGCCAGGUGGCAUGGUCAGGCAACCGACCCCCCUUCUCUGGACAGUCCAGUAAAGCCCAGUCCAGUCCAUUUGGUAUUGGUUCUGGCCACAGCUACCAGACGGACCCGGCCUCCUACAGUCCCCUGUCGUCCCCAGCCACUUCCUCCCCCAGCGGCAAUGCCUACUCAGGACUGACGAACCGCAGCACAGCUUUUGAUGUGUCGGGGGAAAGCAGUCAGAGUGGAGCCCAGUUCCAGGGUCGUCCCAGUGAGGUCUGGUCCCAGUGGCAGAACCAGCAUCACUCCCAGCAGGCCGGAGAACAGCACACACACCCCAACCCCAGCCAGACAGAAGUCUUCCAGGACAUGUUACCCAUGGCUGGAGAUCCCACCCAGGGAACGGCCAACUACAACAUCGAGGACUUCGCUGAUCUCGGCAUGUUCCCACCCUUCUCUGAGUAAAACCCCCCUCUCUCUCUCCAGCACUCUCCCUCUCAGAACUGGACUGAUGUUUGCAUUCAUCUCUCAUGUUGUCUCAUUUUUUCUUUAUUGCUGGAUCACCAUCACGCAGCUGAUGCGCAGCACGGUGAAUGUCUGGGUGCACUCGUCAUUCGCACACACACAAACACACCGUCCACUAAUGUUUGGGCUCCAAGGCCUGCAGUCUGUAUCUGUGAACAUACACAUACCUCAUCUCUGCAAAGAGGAACCCUGCUGUCAGAAGGGGGAACAUCAGAUCAACCUGUAUGAGCAUUUUGUCUGUCCCCACACUGAUGGACAUUGUCUCAAGACUGUGACUUCCAGCUCACUGAAACUGCGGAGCUCUCUGCAGUCAGCAUAACCAGAGGAGGAGGGUCAGGUGAUUAUAGCUGUAUUUGUCAGUGUCCAAGAUUUUAUACCCUUCCCCCUUUCAAAUUUGUCAAAAUAUCUCCAUCAUCAUGACGUAACUCAGCAGCAGUUCAUGUCUAGAAGCGUCCACACAGACGACCAAACUUCUAGGGUGGGAUAAUUACCCCAUUCACACACACACAUUCAUACACUGAUGGCAGUGGCUGCCAUGCAAGGUGCCAACUGCUCACCAGAACUGAAUUCAUACACAGAUACACAACAACGCACAGCAUCGGGAACAAUUUGGG